AUGUUUCUGAAUCUAUUUCGAUCCAAAGAAGCCAGGAGAAGGAAGCAGAAAGCGGUGGAAGUGGUGAAGCGACAAAAACAAGAACGAAAGGUCCAGCAAGCAGCUGUCGCAGUAUCCGAGCCAUUUUGCAUUCCAUGGUCUACCUCAGCCAAGGACACACCACCCACUACAGUAUGUAACGACACCUUCUACAUGGGGAUCGGGACCGGUACUAGCCCCUGGUUGACCAGUACCGGCAACUGCGAUUCCAGCGCUGGCAACAGUACACAUCAUGAUUCUGGUUCUGGGAACAGUAGCCACUCACAUUGUGGGGGCGGGGGUGGCGGUUACUCCGGUGGGUACUCCGGUGGGUACUCCGGUGGUGGCAGCAGCAGUGACUCUAGUGGCGGGGGCUAUUCUGGGGGAAGUAAUGGCGGCGACUCAGGGGGUAGAAGUGGAGAUUCUGGGGGUGGAAGUGACUCUGGGGGUGGUGGAGGUGGCUGCUAA